AUGGAUUUCAAUCUCUCGAAUAGUAAAUUGCUAUAAAAAAUACAACCUAAUCGUGAGUAGUCAACCAAGAAAUUAAGCAACUCAGAAGUGAAUGCUGCAAUACAGAAAUACUUUUAGAUGACCAAGAGAAAGGAAGGUAAUAUUCCUAAUCCAACAAUCUCUACCACCCAGUCAUCCAAGAUUUUAGGACAACUAGUGACUAAGGUUUCACCCUCUUUGGAUAUCAGUGUUCCAAUUAAGCCUCCAACACCUUCUGGUACUUAAUCUUACAGGCCAUUAUCUGAGAAGAAACCACAUCAUCGUCCUCAGUAAUCUGUGGGACAAAGCAAGGAUUUGAUAUUAUAGAAACUCCAAACAACAUUAUUCCAGAAGCCAAAGACCCAGUCUCAUUAGACGACGCCUAAGUGUAAUGGUGAGGAAAGUGUAAGUGUGAGCAGAUAUUUUGAGAGUUCAAAAAAAUUAAAAGGUGAAUCUCAAGAAUACUACUUAACGAGGGUUAAGAAUGCUUUUUCAAGACCCUUAAUGGAUGAUUACUUCAGCCGAAUGUACAGGGAACACUUUUAUUAAACUUAUCAAGGGAUAUAAGUUGCAUCGUACUUACAACCAGUUUAUCCAAAUGAUCUAUAAAAUAAGCAAGUACAUCUAAAAUAGAAGGAAUGUUACAAAAAUAAAAUCACAAUUGUCUUUGAUCUAGAUGAGACAUUAGUCCAUUGCAAUGAAAACUUAGCAAUACCUAGUGAUGUUAUAUUUACAAUUCAAGUGUCUCCCCAAGAAAAAAUUAAGGCAGGGAUUAAUGUUAGACCUGGAGCAGUCAAGUUAUUAGAACUGCUAGUGAAGGAUUUUGAAUUAAUAGUCUUUACAGCUUCUCACCCUUGUUAUGCUUAGAAGGUGAUCGAAUAUCUAGAUCCCCAGAAGACUCUUUUUUCUCAUAGUCUUUACAGAGAUAACUGUAUAAUGACUACAGGAGGGAUGUACACCAAGGACCUGAGAAUUUUCAAUCGAUCUCUGAGUCAAUUAGUUUUAGUGGACAAUGCUUCUUAUUCCUAUGCUUGGCAAUUGGACAAUGGGAUACCGAUAAUUCCCUUCUAUGAUAACAAGGAGGAUAGGGAGUUGGAGUUGCUGUUAAAAUACCUCAAAGGAAUGUAAAAUUGUAAGGAUGUAAGGGAAUAUAAUAGAAAUCAUCUAAGAUUGUAGUACUUCCAAGAUCCUUCAGGGCCAGGACUAGUGUUUGAGAGACUGUUUCAAUAGAAAAUGUAAAUCUGA